AUGGGAAAGCUCAUGGAAGCUGGAAAAGCCAGAAAGCUAGCAGCAGCGAAAAGAAAAGGGAAUGGUCAAAAAGCUCCACCUACCAAGAAAAAUAAGCCAUCAGAAUUGACAAAUCGUGAGAAUCAUGAGUCUGCUUCUCUUUCGACGUCUUCUGCAACGUCUUCCGCCACGUCGUCUGCCACUUCUCCUACCAUUUCUACCGCAUCCACGUCAUCUGCUCCACCAGCUCCAGAAUCAUCAAACGCGAGAAAGCCUGGAAGACCCAGAAAGAUGGUGUAG